ACACUGCCGUCACUUUGACAGCUGCCAACAGCUGAUUGCUGUGUGCGGUGGCCUUCUGUGUGGCGAUUUUUUCCGGCAACAACACAGCCUCCUUUGCGAUCGAAUCUAGUUGGCGAUUGCAUAUUUGUUUAUAUUAGAUUCAGCGCUCGUAAUAAUCUUAACCUUACCCGGUGCAGCUUGCUAUCUGCUGUUCUGAAUCUGGAUCUGGAAGCGACCGUGUUGUUGCGUGCACAGAUUAUCGUUCGCCCAGUGCCACAGCAUAGCCGGGUUAAGAAACACGGUGUGUACUAAAAAUAGCACAUUCUUGUGUGGGGUGCUUAAUUUAUGCUCCCCUGCUGCUGUUGCUGCCAGUAGUGAUCAUCUAGAGUUCUGUCGAUCCGAUUGCGCUGGAAUAGCGCCAUCCACCGAUUAAAGUUAAUCAAGUUCAAUUCGAAGGAAACCACUGCCGAUCAACAAUGACGACGACGGAUCUUACCACCAAGUACAACAUCAUCGAUGAAAAGCCACCCUUCAAUGCACCGCUCAAGGGACAAUACAAGCAGGGAUUCGGUUACUACACAAUGCGCGAACGGUUGCCCGUCAUUCUGACCCAGGUGAUCGAUCAGCUGUCCAAGGACAAGGAACAGAUUGUGGAAAAUUUUGGCGGCGAAACGGCACGCGAAGAGCUGAAGGCAGCGAUUGGUGAAAUAUCGAAGCUCAAGUACGAGCUGCAGACGGAUAAAGAUUUCCGCCCGAUACGUACCGCGCUCGGUGAUGAAACCGUGUGGAACAGCUUCAUCGAGGGACUGGGGCAGGACAAUUCGUACUUUUCGGCCUGCUGGCUGUACGCGGAAACUUACAUGUACCGGCGGUUGAAUAACAUCUUCGAAAACACGAAAACACUGAACAAGCUGGACUACUUUCAGCAACAAAAGCAUAAAGCGCUGACCAAUUCGUACGAUGCAAUGGUUGCCGUACUGCGCUCCAUCGAAGCAUUCAAUGGGGAACCGAAAACGACGGAAGAAAUUGGUUCAUUCUUCCGGCAGCUGUUAAAGCUAAAUCUGUGGGGUAAUCGGUGCGAUCUUUCGAUCAGUGCCGGCCAGGACGUGAAACAGGAUGGCGAUCCAUUCAGUUUGCUCGACUCGCUAGAAACCUGUAUCGUUAGUGACCAUACACUCGACAUCUGGAAAUGCAUUACGGCCGGCCCAGCUUCCAGCAUCGUCGAGAUCAUCAACGAUAACUCCGGGUACGAGCUGUUCACCGAUCUCUGUCUGGCCGACUUUAUCGUACAUCACAAGCUCGCACCGAAGGUGUGCUUUAACGUGAAAGCCAUACCGUGGUACAUUUCGGACGUUACACCGAAGGAUAUGCAGUGGACGCUCGACACACUAGCCGGUCAUGACACACAGCCCCUUCUGGCACAGUUCGGCACACGCCUGAAGGCACAUUUUGCAUCCGGAGCGUUGGAGAUGCGUCCGGUCGAUAAUUUCUGGACCUCGCCGUACGAGUUUUAUCGCAUGCGAGACAUUGCACCGGCACUGUACGAUAAGCUGUCCGAGGCCAAAUUGCUCGUGUUCAAGGGCGAUCUGAACUAUCGCAAACUGUUGGGUGAUUUCAAUUUCCCCUACAGUACACCCUUCCUGGAGGCACUGCGAGGCUUUCUGCCGACGAACCUGUGCACGUUACGCACCGUGAAGGCGGAUCUUAUCUGUGGGCUGCCGGAAGGUAUGGCGGACGAGUUGACGCGCAAGGAUGCUUCCUGGAUGGUGACUGGCGAGUACGGUGUAAUACAGUUUGCCGGAAAAUGACCACACUGAGGUUAAGUCAGGGGGGAGCCGGUUAUGUAGUGUUUUAAUUUUACAUUGACCGAAUUGUUUGGUUACGGUUGUUUUACUAAUAAAUUAAAUUCUGUCUACAUGCGUUUCGUUCAAUGAAAACGAAAUGUUUUGAAA